CUGUUAGUAGGCGGGGCGUCGUGCAACGUUGUGGUGGAGUGGAAGGAAGCUGCGCGCUGAGUUGAAUGAUGAUCCUGGACUCACUGUGUAUUGUUGCUGAUCUGUGCCGACUCCCUGCACCCCAUUAGUGCCAGUCUGAUCCCUCCUAUCCCUCUUCCUUACUGGAAGCCUGUGUAUCCCGCCGCCAGACAAGGGCUCAUCCCCAACAGUAACUCAUUGUUUCUUCAAAGGUUUUACAACCCUAAAGCCAAUCUGAUCAACCUGACUUGCUCCACCACAACAUCGCUAAAUCUUAUGGUGAACCAAAAGAUGGUGGACAGGCUAAAGUUGGCCAAACACACGCCGAUGAUCUUGUACACAAAAACAUUUUGUACUGUUUUCUUUGUGUUUAUGGCAGCCAGCUGAUCCUGACUGAUAAAGGUUGUUUCAGGAUUUGAUCAGAUUAAUCGGGAGACCAUGGACAUUUGCGGUGAGAUGGCUAUGGAAAUGGAUCUGGCUCAUAUGCGCAAACGUCACUGUAUGGACGAGAUUGGGGAAUAUCCAACCAGUAAGCGCAUGUGCAGAGGCCUGGAGAACAUCACUAAUGGAGGUGGCAUUUUACUCAACCAGCUGAAUGAAUGUGACAUGGUGUAUUUACAAAUGCAAAUGGCAGCCAAUAAGAACUCUUUCCAGACCGUAACCCCACAGAGACCCCAGAAUACAGUGCCCCUUCAGGUUCAUGGAGGCCCCGGGCCUUGUCCAAGGUGUAUUGCUGGGGAAUCUGGCCACAUAAACCAUAUUUUGGGGCAUUAGACCGGAUACAGGGGACCGUCCAGAGGCAUUCCAUUCAGACUUUACUGUUGAGCAACAGGACUCUCUGAUUCUGAUGUCCCUUCGUGCUGCUCAUUUCAUUACAUUCAUUUGUUUGAAGAGGAACCACUCCUGUGUUAGAACUGUAUCUACAUGAUGUGUAUUCACAACCUUUGCUAUUUGCACAACUCUACCUGUGGACUCUUUUCCAGACUGGUCCCUUAACGGAGCACAGUUGCAGCUUCUACAUAUUUCAAUGGACAAAUCAUAGUUUAUUUCUUUAAUAUACAGUAGUAUAUUGUUGGCAUCAUACACUAUAUGGCCAAAAGUAUCCUCACACCCCUCCUAAUUACUGAUAUUUAAGUCGCAGCCUUCAUUGCCGAAACAGGUGCCACUAAAUGAUUCAAUGACA